AUGCUACCACACCAUGGAGGUGAACCACAAAAUUCCACUCCACCAUAUGUUAUUGCUCUAUCUUUUGAUAAAUAUGAUCCAGGAAACGAAAUCGAAGUGACUCUAGAGGGAACUGCAGACCAUGGUUUUCAAGGAUUUCAUCUACAGGCUCGAGAACUUGAAGGAGAUACUCCUGUUGGUUCCUUUAAAAUUACAGAUCCAAGCACGCAAGCCCUUGCAUGUCAUAAUGUUUCGAAUUCAGCGGUAAGCCACACAAAUUCAGAGGUGAAGCACAAAGUUACAACAACUUGGAUUGCACCUUUGGACACGAAGAAUAUUCAAUUUAGAGCAACAUUUGUUCAAGAUUCAAAGAACUUCUGGGUUGGAGUUCUCAGCAAAACUGUCACUCCUAGACAUUCUCAGUCAGCCAAUGUCACAGAAAGAAGGAAUAAGAAGAAGGCUUCACGGAUUGUGAUUGAGAUGGAAUGUACCAAGAAAGGAGGAACUUACUCAACUAGUGCUGGAUGUAUUCAGGGUGGAUCCUCUGGUUCCUCUCAGACUAGCUAUUCCUCUGGUUCCUCUCAGACUAGCUAUUCUAUUGGUCAGGGCACUGAUGGCAUAUACAACAGAUAUGGCUGUAGAGAUUCUGUCUCCUCAGACAGUGGCAUUCAAAAGCCAGUGUCCUAUCCCGACAGCAAACCCUACCCACCUGUGCGUGAAACUUACCCAUCGAUCCUGGUCAAUUCUGGAUAUGGCAGCCGCAUUAUCCAUUCACAAGGUGGACAGAUAGUCAAUCCUUGCGAUCAAAGUUCAUCCUCCUACAACAUAAUUAUCUGUAAACUGAGUCAAUCUUCUCUCUCACAGAACAGCAAUACCAAAGGCCAAACUGGAUCAUCGUCCUCACAGAGCAAUGGCAGUAGCCAGGGUUCACAAAGUAAUUCAGGCAGCAGUAACCGUAAUUGUGAUCAGAGUUCAUCCAACUGUGCAGGCAACAAGGUUAUUGUUUCCCGGGAUACAUCUCGUGCUCUAAGUAGAAGCAGUUACAAUGGACAGAAUGAGUCCUCUAGCACAAACAGCAGUAGUGCCAAUGUCCAGGGUGGAGCAUUUAUCUCAUUCAACAACACUUCCAAUGGCCAGGGUUUACCUUCAGGAGGAAAGCAGUCUGGUGGAGAUGGCUCACAUUCCUCAGAAGACGGCUCCAUAAGCUCUGCUGGGAAACCGUCCAGCCCUAGCCUUUUGCUGCUAUUCAGUGUUUUGAGUGCCUUUGCCACCUCUUCAGUUGUGCCCAAGUGGUUUAUAUGAACAUCUGAAUACGUGACUGGAGACCACAAAAUGUAUUCUGUAAUAAGAUUAAUUUUCUGUAUAAAAUUCUAAUCAAAGUUGAAUAUAUAAUUUGUCAGUUUGUUGUAAUGUCAUUAUGUUAAUAUGCCACGCUUUUGAUUAGUUAAUAUGCCACGCUUUUGAUUAGUUCUACCUUCUUUAGUUUACAGUAUAUGCUGGUUUAUUUUUCAGUAUUUUAGGCAUCAUUUGAAAAGGAGAUAUUGUGCCCUAACUAUAUGAAUUUUUAUUUCUAACUGACAUGAUGAAUACCUGAUUUGAUCUAGUUGUGAAUCCAACCACUCUGAAGAUAUCUGGAACCACAUGGCUAUUAACCGAGGGAAAAAAAUAAUAGCGGAUUUUCGUGUGUGCAAGAUGAAGGCUCCCACUCAUCAUUGCAUAAAAUAAAGCCAGUCCUGUAAUUUUUUAUAAAAAAUCCUCAAUGGAUCAGAAAUGCCGUGUUGGAAUAUUACUCUUAAUCUAUUAUAGUAGUUAAACUACAGCGAAGUGUAAAUCUUGCAAUGCAGAAAUUUCUUAUUGCAGUGAAACUUUUGGAUAUUCCACUUCUUCCAUAAAAAGCCACUGAAGGCAAGACAUUCUGAUACUUAGAAUAGAACAUGAUGUGUCUAGACCAGUGAUUUUCAACCUUUUUUCAUUUGCAGACCUCUUAAAAAAUUUCAAAUUGGCAGCGUAGACUCUUUGUAAAUCUUAGACAUAGUCUGUGGACCAUGGGUCGAAAACCACAGGCACACUCCACCUAAACCUUUAGUAGGGAGUGUAGCCCAGAAGAGGCUUUGGAAAGCUAAUAACCUUGGAACUGAUGAAAAACACCAACUCUGGGAAUGUUUGAGAAUUACUCUGGCUACUGAAACUGCUAAUAUCUCUGUAUCAGCUCUCUUUCAGCAAGUAUUUUGCCUAAACUACGAGACCUGAUUUAUUGUCAAAUUUAAUUUCAAGAAUGAUAUUGAGAUCCACAAAAUAGUAUCGCUGUGCAACAGAUAUAGUCCCAGAGAAACAUCAUCUUUGACUGGCAAGGAUUUCAAGGAAACAGAGUGUCACAUAUAGCAUCUUUUAGCAGUGUUUUCCCUUGGAGAUCUAUUCAGAAGUGUUGCUUUUGAAAGGCUGGAUAUGUAAUCUGAGAAGAUGCAGAAUACUCCCAGAAAAUGUGAAUACUAGUAGUUUUAAAAUGUAACCUGUUCAUACUCACUUUCAAGCAAGAAAUUUCUAGCAGCAGCUAAAUGGUAUUUAAUAAAUUACAUCUUUAUUGUAGAGUAUUGUCUCUAAAAGAUGUGUACAACUGUCAUUGUUCUAAUAGCAUGGUAUGUUUUAAGACAGGUCAAAUGUUAACCAAGUGCACCUAAAACACUUUUACAGAAAAUCAAUCCAAGACCUAUAGAAGUUGUGUGUAGUCUUAAAGCACUUAAAAGUACAUUCACACUGUAAACCUCCUGGGGUAAGUACAUGGAUGAAAUCCUGUCCCCGUUGAAAUUGAUGGAAAUUUUGCCAUUGACUUCAAUACGGCCAGGAUUUCAUUCAUUGCUGUUUUUCCCCUGUGUUCUGUACAGAGCACACUGUCAGCACUCCAUAAAUUCUUAAUAUUCUCAACUCAAAUCCUGAAGUCAUUACUCAUGCAAAAUGAGUUUUGCUUGAAUAAGAACUCCCAGAUUUGACCAAUAGUGCAUAUCUUUAAAAGAGAUUAAUAUAUACAAUAAAAUAGUUAUCUAAAAUAGAAUAUGCUAUGUAGUGUUCGUUUGCAUAACUUCAUUGAAGCAGUGCAAUAUCUAUCAUUGGGUCCAUACAAUGUCUUGCCAUUUAUCACUUUUCUGAGGUAUAAAAAAAUUAGUUUUUAAAUGGUUUUUGGUAUAAUAUGUGUGUGCAGUUUUAUGUGAGUUUCAUAACACACCAUAACUAAGCGUGGGCGAGUGAAAAUGCAAGGAUUGUAGGUGUAAAUAAUGUGGACCUGAGAAUUAUGAGUUUGGGUGAAGUGAUGUUUGAGAGAAAAAUACCACCAUUUUCUGUUAUUGGGGAAAAAAAAAACUUGUAAAGUAUUCACUGUACGUCUUUGUCUCUAAAUCAAUAGCAGGAACAAAGGUAACAUGGGAUAGUUGGCAUGAAUCUUUACAGGGAAUUAAUAAGAGAAAAAGAGAGGCUUUAUAUAUAAUAUUGUUUUCCUUAUUCUAAUAAAA